UCGUAGCAGCAGCGGCAUUGGCAUUAACAGCGGUGGCGUGUGCGGUGGAGGCGACGUGCGGACAUGGGGAUGUGGGGUGCUCUCGCUUCCCCGCGGUGAGGGACGUGCCCGCGGAGGAGCCAAGCGGUGGACGAGGAUCCGAGCCUAGCGCGGCGGCGAGCGUAGCCGCGGGAGCCGGCCUCUGCGUGUGGCAGCCUGCUGUCACCUUCCCCUCUGGCAAUGGGGAAUGGACUGUCGGACCAGACGCCGAUCCUCUCCAGCCUGCCUUCGUUCCAGAGUUUCCACAUUGUCAUCUUGGGUCUGGACUCUGCUGGAAAGACGACCGUGCUGUACAGAUUGCAGUUCAAUGAGUUCGUCAACACUGUUCCCACGAAAGGAUUUAAUACGGAGAAAAUCAAAGUGACGCUGGGCAACUCGAAAACGGUCACUUUCCACUUCUGGGAUGUAGGCGGCCAGGAGAAACUGAGGCCGUUGUGGAAGUCGUACACGAGGUGCACCGAUGGCAUUGUGUUUGUGGUGGACUCAGUCGACGUUGAGAGAAUGGAGGAGGCCAAAACAGAACUUCAUAAGAUUACUAGGAUAUCUGAAAAUCAAGGAGUGCCUGUGCUUAUCAUUGCUAACAAGCAGGACUUGAGGAACUCUCUCUCCCUUUCUGAAAUUGAGAAGAUGUUAGCGAUGAGUGAGCUGAGUUCUUCGACUCCCUGGCAUUUGCAGCCUACCUGUGCAAUCAUUGGAGAUGGACUCAAAGAGGGACUGGAGAAGCUACAUGAUAUGAUAAUUAAGCGAAGAAAAAUGUUGAGGCAGCAGAAAAAGAAGAGAUGAGUUUUAUUUUGACCUUUCUAUUUUAGAGUAGUUACGUGGUCAAAAUUUGACAUAAGACAGCUUCCAAACCCAGGCCUGCUUGUUUGGAUGCCGUUAAGCUUAGUUCUGUUAAACAAUCAGUUGCACAACCUUGCUCUGUGGAAGGCUGUGCACCUAUGGUUUGUUUUUUUUUUU